CGAACACUGUAUUGCGUUCUAAUUAUCGAAAUUAUUCGCGUUUACGAUCUGCUUCUAUCGAUUGAUCUGCCGGUUUCUUUGUCACGAUUUAAAAAGAAGACAAUGUCUUUUCUAUACAGACAAGAAAUAAAAUCACUGCAAGAAGGAAUGCAAAACGCUUUCGUAAUCGGAGUGGUUGUAAACAGUACGAACAUGAAAACGAUUGAUGCCAGUCGAACGAAAUUUCACAAAGGUGAUCGUAGUGUAUGGACAUUCACUUUGCGCGAUUCUGAAGAAGAUUUUAUUAAUGUGACGGUAUGGGGUAGUUCGGAAUUUAUAACGAAAGUAUCGUCCACUUAUAAUGUGGGAUCUGUAGUGGAAGUGAUAAGUGCAAAGAUAAUGAAACGUCAUUCCAACGACAAAAACGAGCAAUACGUACCAUCGACUACUAGUCCUUUCUUUUUGACCGUGAACGAGGGUACGGCAAUUAUACAACAUCACGAUGCUCCCACUCGCGAACAAUACGUCAGCUUGUUGACGCAGCCCGUCAAAAGUGUCGCGUCUGCGAAAAGUUUAAAAGUCAUUCUAGAGAACAUUGAGGUUCUGUGCGAUCAUUUCGUCGACCUUUUCGUCGUGGUCACGUUUGUCGCGGAUGCGCGUAACGUAAUGACGCGAGAUGGACGGUCUUUAACGUGUCGCAGUUUUGAGAUUGCGGAUGGAUCGACGGAUAGUACGGUCUCUUUGAUAUUGUGGGAGAAGGAUUGGGUCGAAAGAUCAGCGUUUUGGGAACCAAAGCAAACGGUAUUGUUCUUGACCGAUGUUCGUAUCGCAUACGACGAAUAUAAGAAGAAAACGGUGCUGAGUAUAGCGAGACGGACGCUAAUCACAGAAUGUCCGAGCAUACCGCAGGCAAUAGAACUUAAAAGCGCAGUGGAGCAUUACAAUCUUGAUUCAAUAAGCAGCGACCCGUUUGCUGUACCGAAUCCGGACACUAUCACGACUGUAAUGACGAUACAGCAAAUCACGGAGAAAUUGCAAAAGAAAGCGAGCACGGAUGACGAAAGAUUACAGUUCGCGGCGAUCGUGAACGCUUCAGUGACCGAAAUGAAUCUAGAAGAUUUGUCCAGUGUGAUAUCUAUCAAAUGCGCUCUGUGUAAGAAGAUCGUCACAAGCGUGCAAGAUUCUUGUAUGAAUUUAAGUUGCCCAUCGGGUAAUGGAAUGCAGUCACCUUUAAACGUUGUUAAAUUAAAUGUGAAAGUCAAUUUAAAGGACGACACCGGAUAUCUCAUCGGAUGCCGCUUGACUGGUGAUUUCGCGGAGCGUGUUUUGGGCUACACUCUCGACAAGUUUCAAGAAACGACAGCGGAGCAACGUGAGGAGUUAAAAUGGAUGUAUCUAUUGGAAAAAUGCGAAGUUCGCCUGCAUAUUCUUGGGCCGACAUCUACUUUCCCGCGCGCUCUAUACAAUAUUUUAUCUAUUCAACAUUAUCGAGGUGAAGAAGCAGAAUAAACAAUCAAGUCAGACUGCAACCUUAUUCAAGUAUUGAAAAUACGUUCUCUGCCUUUUGUUACUCCGAUUUGAUAAAAAUACUUUUUAUCGUCAUAUACUUCGUUGUGUGUAUGUAUAUAAAAUUAUUGGUCAUUUUUCGAUAAGAAAACACGGCGUUAUAUAAAGAGCCAUUCU